CUGCAAAUUAAGUACGCUCGAGGUCCCUCUUGUGUUUCACUAUAGAUUCUAGGUAAUCAAUUUUAGUUUCUAAUUACUACUACACUACUACUAGUUUUCCCAAGCAUGGCUUCUGGAAAUAUUGGGAACGAUUGGUCUUCCGGCCUCUGUGAUUGCAUCAAAGAUUGCCGUUCCUGUUGCCUUACCUGCUGGUGCCCUUGUAUUACCUUUGGGAGGGUUGCUGAGAUUGUGGAUAAAGGCCAAUCUUCUUGCUGCAAGAUGGGGUGCAUUUUCUGUGUGCUGAAUCUACUUCUGUUGAAUCAUGGGUCCUUGGCGUGGAUUAUUAGCAUGGGCUAUCGCACUAAGAUCAGGCAACAAUACGGUAUUAUGGGAGGCUCAUGCGAAGAUUGUGUCCUUCAUUUCUUUUGCGGGCGUUGUGCCUUGUGCCAAGAGUACCGUGAACUUCAGUUCCAAGGAUAUGAUGUUGGUGCUGGUUGGGAAGCAAAUGCUGCUAAAAAGGCUUCUGGGGUAACUAUGGCUCCAGUUGGAGAAAAGAUGACACGUUAGCUCAAAAGAUCUUCUGAAUUAUGGCCUGAACUCAUUUUCCACCUUCAAUUCAAAAACCUUAUCCUGUUAAUUUUCCUAUCUAAUUAUCUGUUUGCAAUAAUCUUAGAGUAAAUUUUAUAUACAUAAACAGUGUAUAUACUAUAACCGUUGAAUUCAUGACAUGCGUGCAAAAGUUGAAUUUCAAAUUCAAAUUUUACAUAGUUGUGAUUCAUC